UCGCCAUGAGCAAGGCAACUGAGCCUGAUGGUCUUGAAACACUGCUGGAGCGGUGCUUCGGCAUCCGCGUCGCUCGUCAGGAGCUGGAGGCCCCAACGACAGCCCUGGUGAUCCGUGUCCUGCAUGGAGCCUUUAGCACCUUCGGCCUGAGUGACGUGGCUCUGGAAGUGCCUUGCUCACUACUGCCCAGUGAAGCGAUGCACAUUGAGGGCUCAAUACCUCUAGGCCACUACCUGAAGUUGAUGCAAGCUGUCUUUGAAAUGCUGGGUGUUAACGAUGUGGGCCUGCAAGACCUGACCAAUCCGAAGCCGAAACGCACUCGUCGGCUUUUCAAGAUCCUCGUCAACAAAUUGCUCCACACAACCACAGUCUUCACCAAGUACAUGGACAAGCUGCACCAGCAGCAGGCUGCCAAAGCCAAGGGAGAACAAGCCCUAGCAGAGCUCAAUGCAGUGACGGCCAAGGCCAACAAGAUGGCAACCCUGCUUCAUGACGUCGGUGAACAGGAAAAGGCAGUCGAUAGUGAGCUUCUAGCCUGUGGGGAAACACUGGCUGCCUACGCCGACAAGAAGACUGCCAUUGUGUCGGACUACCAACAGCUCAAGACAACCCUGUGUGCCUCUACCGAGGCAGUAGAGAAGGCACAGUUGCACAUUAUGGAACUUCAGGAGGCUCUGGAAGAGAAACGUGCUUCACUGUGCAGGGAUCCGCCUGCUUGGAAGGAAAAGAUUUUGACAGAUGCGGAAACACUGGCUGCCUUGGAAUCUGAAAUUGAGAAGCUGCGUUCUGUUGUGUCAGCUGUGAAUGAAAAGGUCAGCUUGGCUCCUCGCAUAAGUGAGGAGUAUAGUAAAACUUUGGACAGCAUAACUGGGAUGGAAGACCGGGCUGCAGAGGUGGAGAUGUUGCAGCAGAGGAAAGCAACCCAGGAGAAAAAGCGGAUUGAACUUGAGCAAGCGCACUACGCAUUGCAAAAGAAAGUAGAGCUCGCUGCGGAGGAGCAGAAGCGCCUCGAUGAGAGGCAGCCUUAUGAUGCUGGUCUCCAGUCCCGUGAGCAGCGCAACAAUGACGCUCGGCAGCUGCUGCAACAGCUCCAGACAGCGAUGAAGCAGACGAGAGCCAGCGCCAUUGCUAAGCUGUCCGAAAUGAAUGCAAGAAUUCCAAGCACACAGGAUGAAAUUGACAUGCGUGAGAAGACAAUGGAGCAACACGUUGCCAGAAACCAGCGAGCUUUGGACUCAAUGUUGCAUAUUAUAGAGGCUGUGGUAGAGCGCUUUGGAAGUAUUUGCAGUGAGGAUAAUCUUCCGCAGUUCUGUGAAGAUGAAGAAUCGCAGUCGAGCAGCAAGGAUGGAGAACCACAGUCAAGCAGUAAGGAUGAAGAACCACUGGCAAAUGAAACAUAGCUGUUGACUGUGCGUUUUUUUUUUGUAUUUAUUACUAUUUUAUAGCUAUUUUAUUACUGUUUAAUGUCUUUUAAUUCGUGACGUAUUUGUGCUUUGAAAUAUAGUCCCAUGUUGUACUUGCAAACAGUGACUCCUGACCUUAAUUAAGGAGUUUAUUAAUUUAGUUCACAUUCCUCUCUUGAAGCAUAUUACUGCAUGCAAGUGGUACCUUUCUUUUUGCUUAUUCUUGUGCUGCUCAUGUCGCACAUUGGGAGUGAAUUGUUCAAGGCCAACAACAGUUUCAGAUUACAAAAGUCUAAAUGUAGAGCAGUCUCUGCACAAUGUUUUGCUUUAAAGAAAGAAAAAGAGAAAAAAAAAAAACUUGUCAAUAGAAGACGGAACUGUGAACAUCUUGCUGCAAUUUUUCAGUUAUGCACAGCCCAUGGGGCAUAAAAGCGGUGCCCUGAUGUCAGCUGGCAGAUUCCCAUAGAGGGCUGCUAUUAGCUGAUAGAGAUUGUCCCGAGGCAGGACGUUUGGAUCAAUGCGUUCCUUUCUACUGUUUCUGUGUAUUAAUUGACGCAGAUAACAGUUUGUAGUAAAGAUACGAGUUGCAAGUUUUGGUCCGUGUGCAUUUUGUGCAUUGUCUGCUCGUACUAGGCGG